AUGGCCAUAGUUGGUGUUUUUCGAAUUAGCAGAUGUUAUUUUGGAAAAUCGCAAAAGGAAAAUGUAAUACCGCUAUAUGAAAGGAAAAGUCGAGAAAAAUUUAAAAAACUAAAAUUAUUAAAAAAAAUAAAAAUAAGAAAUUUAUAUCUUAAUAAUAAUGUGAUAUCUAAUAUUAUUGUCAAUAAAAAUAAAUUUAGAAAUAUAUUUUCUAAGAAUAAUUUUCAAAUUUUAUAUAAACCCAAGUAUAAUAUAUUUGAUAAUAAUGAUGUUGAAAAAUGUAAUAACAAUUUAGACAUCAGUUCAAAUAGUUUCCUCACUAUUAUAAAUGAAAUAUGUUUAUUUGAAAAACAAAAUAAAAAGGAGAACAAUAUUUUGAUGAAUAAAAAUGAAAAUAUAAAUCGAAUAACAAAACUAAAUCAAGAGUUAGUAAACUACACACAUUUGAAAAGUUUUUAUUUUUUUAUUACAAAAAAAAAUAACCAUGAUGUUGUUAAAUAUAUAAAUAAUACAAACUUGUUAAAAUUAUCCAUUUUUAUGAACACAAAAAAUAUUAGAAAUUAUUUUAUUGAGAAAGAAUUUUUAAAGCGACUAUGUAAAGAAGGUUUACAAAAUAAUGAAAAGAAAAAAGAUGGAAAAAAUGAAAUGGAACAAACAGAAAAUCAUAUAUUUUAUUUUAGCAAAAUUAAUAUUUUCUAUGUUUUUGAAUUUCUUCAUCAUAUUGGAUUAAACAAUGUAAAAAAAGAAAGAAUUGUUAUAGAAGCGCAUGAUAUGGUUAACUACCAUAUGUGGUCUUUUUCUAAAUUGGAAAAUUUGUAUACAUUAUUAUUAAAAAAUUUAACAAAUAAUUAUAUUUUAGAGAAUAAUGAUAUUAUAAAAUUAUUAUUGUUAGGGGACAGAUAUUUAUACUUUAAUAAAAAUUUAUUUAAUUAUUUAGAUAGUACGAUAUCUAUGCGUUUUGAAAAUUUUGAUGAACAUGAUAUAACAUUUAUAUGCAAACAUUUAAACAAAAUUUUAUUUUCUAUUUCAAUAGGAAUAAAUAAUAUUAACUAUGAUCAAAAAAUUCAUAGACUUAUAAAAAGAUAUGUGUGCAAAAGUCUCAUUUUUUCAAAUAAAACAAAUGUAGAACUUUUGGAAAAAGAAAGUUGUAAAGAAAAAAAUAUUGCAAUAUCUGAACAAAUAAAAACAUAUAAUAGUUUUAAAGAUUUAGUAAAAAACAGUUCGUUUGUUCAUACAAUAAAUUGUGAACUCAAAAAAUGUGUACAUGAAUAUAAAUAUUAUAACUUAAUUGAUUUAUUCGAAUUUUAUACAAUAUUUGAAAUAAAAAAAAAAGGAAUGUUUAAAAGGUUUAUGAAUGAAAUUGAUAAAUAUAUAAAUAUAAUGAAAUAUGGAUAUCAUGCCAAAGCAUUAAUUUUAUUUAGCUUAAAUAAAAAAUAUUUAAAAGAAGAAAAUGAAAAAACGGUUAGAAAAUUAAUAAGAAGAAUACCACAUAUGUUAAAUUUUUAUUGGCCUAUUGAAUUUGUAAUUGAAACUAUUAUUGCAUGUUCAUAUUUUCAAUGUAAAGAUAAAACAUAUAAACAAUUAUUUUUAUAUUUAAAAAAUAAUAUUAAAAAAUCUGUUCAUCAAAUCAUUAUAAUUAAUUUAUUAAAAUCAAUGUCUAUCAUAAAUAAAAUUAACUUUACUAUUUUCCACCAAAUUAUGAAUUAUAUAAAAUACGAUAUCACAAAAAACAACAAUACUAAAAUAAAUAUAAAUUAUACUAUAUACAUGCUAAAAUAUAUGUCUAAAUUAAAAUAUAUCGAUUCAGAAUUUUUCUAUUUUUUAUUGUCACAAAAUAAUGUUUUUAAACAAAUUAAAGAUUUAUCAAAUGAGUCAUUAAUUAAUUUAUUUUACCUUAUACAUAAAAAUAUUGAUUAUUUGAAAAAAAAAAAAAAAAAUUUUAUUAAUAAAAUCUACAUAAAAAAUUCAAUAGCAAAUUUUUAUAUAGAAUAUGUAUUUUAUCUUAUAUUAAAUCGAGAAAACUUUUUCAAUCUCAAAAAAUUGAAAACAAAUGAAAAUAUUUGUGUUCAUGUAGAAAAGGGGAAAUUAAAAUGGGAAAUAGGAAUAAAAAAAUAUGUAACAAAUUUGUUUUUCCAUUAUAAUGAAAGCAAUAAUCAAUUACCUUUUGAAAAAAAGGAAAGUAAAAUAAUAUAUGAUAAGUUUAUAUCCACAAAUAAUGAGAAAUUUGAAAAAACAAAAAAUGUGAAAGAAAAUACGAUACUAUCUAUAGAUGAUAAAGAUGAAAUAUCAAGUUUCGAAUUUAAAGACAAUAAGGUCAAUGAAAAUAUAAAAAUACACCACAUUGAUAUUGAUGAAAAAAAUACAGCUGGACUUUAUGCUAAAAAACUAGAAGAAUUUCCUGAAAAGUGCUCACAAUUUUCCUUCGAUAUUAACACAUUCAUAUAUUUCUUAAAAGUUUGUACAGAUUUAAAAAUAACAAAUAUAAAUAUUUUGAAUUAUUGUAUAAAUUAUGUACAUAGUCAUUUAAAUUUUUUUAAUGAACAUGAUGUCAUAAUUUUAUUUCAGUUUUUUUCUGAACAGUACAUAAAUUUUUUUUCUUCCAUCCAAGAAUCUCAAAUUCGAAUAUUAUACAGUUAUUUAAAUGAAGUUUUAAGAAAAAAUAUUUUGCAUAUACAUGAUCAUCAUUUACCACAGUGUGCCUUUUCAGUUAUAUCAUUUUAUUUUGUAGAAAUCGUUUUAAAAAAAAAAGUAUGUCCAAAUAAUAUUGAUUUGCUUGAAAUAUUAAUGGCAAUGUUGUGUAACAAAAUGAGAGGAGGAUUACAAAUAUUUAUCGAAAAAUAUGAACCAAAUGAGCAAAAAAAAAUAACCUAUGAAUUGCUAAAUAUUAUAUCGAAAAUGUUGCAAAUGUUAUAUAUGAUAAUGGAACGAAGGAUGCCUAAUGAAUUGUUUGACUUUUGCAAACAUAUUAAAAAAGAAUAUUUUGAAAUAAAUGAAGACAUAACAAGCGAAAAAGAUCGAGCUAGCCAACAAUUUACUCUUUUUUUAUCUGACUUGUUCAGAAAUAAAAAAAUAGCUCAUUUUGUAAAAUAUUUUUAUUAUCCCUACAUGAUUGACAUUGUAAUAGAAGAAAACACAAAUGAGGAUUUUCUCACACAUAAAAAAAAAGCUUUAUUUGUAAUUGAUAACCUCGAAAACUUAUACUUAAAAAAUGUACAAAUAACUGAGUUUUUCGAAAAUUGUCAUUCUGAAAAUGCGAGCGAAAAAAAACUUGUUUAUGAAAAUUGUACAACUACUUGUUUAAAGCCAUAUUAUUUUUUGAGAGAAUGGUUUUUAAAUAGUAGUGGUUUUUCCGUUUUGUAUGUAUCAAUUGAUGAUUGGAAAAAAAUGUAUAAAUAA